GGCAACCACUGGUGCGUGGGUUUGAACUGUCACACGCAAACAAAAUCAAAAUCAGCUAAAGAAGUAAGUUAUGUAUUAAAAGUGUAAUUGAAAUUUGUCGAAAUAUAGUUACAUCUUACUUGGAUUUCACUGAAACUGACUGAUCGGAAGACACGACCGUGAAACAGGAUGAAUGACAUAAUUUACAUGGACUACAAUGCCACGACACCAGUAGCCCCUGAGGUGGUACGUAAAAUAACAGAUAGCCUCCGAAAUGUGUGGGCUAAUCCAAGUUCUUCAUAUCCAGAAGGAAUAGCUGCAAAAACAGCUUUGCAAUCAGCCAGAAAAGAUAUAGCUUUGCUCCUUAAUUGUGAAGCAGAUAACAUUGUUUUUACAUCUGGUGGUACAGAGGCAAACAAUAUGGUAAUAUUUAGUACCGUCAGUAAGUACAAGUCAAGGAUUCAGGAAAAUUUGUAUCCUGAUGGAGACGUAAAAAAAUCAAAUCCUCAUGUUAUUACUACUGACAUUGAGCAUGACUCUGUCAUUUUGCCAUUAAAGAAACUAAAGGAAGAUGGUUUUGUUGAACUUACUGAGGUGAGUGCCAAAAAUGGAGGCAUGGUAUCUGCCGGGGAUGUUGUUGCUGCUAUCCAGCCAAACACCUGUCUUAUUACUGUCAUGUUGGCUAACAAUGAGACUGGGAUCAUUCAGCCUGUUGAAGAAAUUGCAGAGUAUUUGAAAAAAAUCAAUGCUGAAAGAGCGAAUAUUUGCUUGCCACAGAUAUUAUUGCACACAGAUGCUGCUCAGGGUAUUGGCAAAAUUUCAGUAAAUUUUGAAACCCUGAAUGUUGAUUACCUCACAGUAGUUGGCCACAAGUUUUAUGGACCAAGAAUAGGUGCGUUAGUGGCAAAAGACAAGAAGUCACUACAACCAUUACUUUAUGGUGGUGGACAAGAAGAAGGCAUUAGACCAGGCACUGAAAAUGUUGCAAUGGCAGUAGGUUUAGGAGAAGCUGCUAGACUUGCACACAAAUUACUUCCAGAACUGACUUCCAAAAUGCAACAAGUCAGAGACCAUCUUGAGCAGAGGUUAGAGGAAACAUUUGGAAACAUGGUUGAAUUUAAUUGUCGACCUAAAGACACAUCCCUAAGACUUCCAAAUACAUGUAGUGUCUCUGUAUGUCGACAAGGGAUGACGGGCCCUGCUAUACUGGCAGAGUGCCCUCGGCUGAGAGCCAGCACUGGCUCUGCCUGCCAUGCUCUUGGGCAGUUGUCAGGUGUCCUUAUUGCUUCCGGUGUUCCAAGGCUGAAGGCUUGUUGCACUCUCCGGCUCAGUAUUGGAAGAGAGACAACUCAACAUGAUGUUGAAACUGUUGUAGAGCAGCUGAGGCAAGCAGUUAAAAGACUGGAGACUAAUGUUUUUAAAUAGCUUAUUUUUAAUUGAUUUUAGUUCCUGUUACAUUUGCAGUUUUGUGAUACUAAAAGCUCUCUAAAGGUUA